AUGCAAUUUCUUACCUUUCUCUUUGCUCUGACGGCCUCAGCCGCUACAUUUACUCUGAACGACUUCACUAGGGCCUGGCCGGGCGGUGUUGACAAUGUCAUCGUGACAGAGACCAACACGCUGAACGGCACGGUCAACAGUGAGAUUAGACCUGCCAGAGCGCCUCUACCCGGAAAUCUACCGCUUAGUCUCGUCAACAACUUUGCUGGAGAAUUAUUGAACGCCUACAUUUCGGGACUCGACUCGAAUGGCGCGGUAGUAUUUUUAGCUGCGGACGGCAGUUUGGUCUAUCCAACCUCCGGCGGCUCCAGCGUCCCGGUGCCGAUUGACGCCGACAUCGCCAUUCCGCUGCCUUCAAGGGGGCAGACAUUGCGCAUAACACUGCCAAUCGCUCUGAGCUCGGGUCGCGUGUAUUUCUCGGCUGGGAAGUUGGAUUUCUUUAUGGUGUUCACUGGUUCUGGCGACGGACUGGUGCAGCCUUCGAUCAACAACCUGCAAGAUCCCAGUGCUGGGCUCAAUUGGGGGUUCGUGGAGCUGACGCUGACCCCGGAAGGCGUCAUCUGGGCCAAUAUUAGUUUCGUCGACUUUGUCGGCCUCGUGUUUGGAAUGCGACUAGUGGACCGCGACGGCCGCGUGCAGGAGGUUCUCGGCUUGCCAGCGGGUGCUGUGGACAGCAUUUGCAAUGAACUGCGUGUCCAAGGGGAUAUCGACGGGCGACCUUGGGCAGCGCACUGCAUCGAGGGACCCACGGGUGGUCCAUUGCGCGUUGUCUCGCCGAACAACUACGCCACGAUAAAUCCAGGAGCCUUCGCCGAUUACUGGACAGUCUAUGCUGAUGAGGUGUGGCGGCGGUACGCAAACCAGCCUCUAUACAUCAACACGCAAAAUGAUAACGGCGUAGUGGAGUGUCGCGUCACGGGCGACACUCUGUCAUGCGACGGCGACAACCGUGGCUACGCGAGACCCGAAGCUGUCGACAUUUGGGGCUGCAAUAGCGGGCCAUUUGGCAUCCGACAGGGUGAUAAUGCCGUUCACUACGCCGUGGUCCCACGGCUCUGCGCUGCCUUUGUCCGGACGACACUGCUGCUUGUUGGAGGUGACCUGCAGCCGGGAGUCGAGGCACGCGACUAUUAUACGCAGGAUCCAACUUCCCACUACAGCCGCAUCGUACAUGAGCAGGAGGUGGAUGGACGGGGCUAUGCAUUCCCGUAUGAUGACGUGAACCCUGAUGGUGCUGAGGAUGCUGCAGGUCUCGUCGCGUCGGGCAACUUUGAUGUGCUGAACUUCUUCAUCGGGGGCGUCUAG